AUGAGAGCAUUAAACAUUAUCCCCGUGUUUUUCUUGGUGGGUUCAGUCUUGUUACUAAUCCUCACUAUCAUCAAUGGUGCCGGAACAUCUUCAGUGUUGGGGAAAUUCUAUUGGUCAGAAACCGAUACAUCCGGUCUCACUGGGGUUCCAUACAAUAAAACAAGAUGGACGUUUUAUAGAAUGUGUGGUGUUGAUCAUAAUAAGAAUGCUCAUUGUGGUAAAUCACAGGCUGCAUUUCCUUAUUCUCCAGAAGAUAAUUUUGGUCGAAAUAGUGGUAUUCCUCAAAAUUUCAUUGAUGAUAGAGAUACCUAUUAUUAUUUAUCCCGAGUUGGAUGGGCAUUUAUACUUGUUGGAUUAUUCUUUGGUGUUGCGGCAAUGGUUGCUGCGCCAUUGAAUUUUUGUUAUUUUGUCGCUGGAAUUGUUGGUCUGACCACGGCAUUUGUUUCUCUUUUAUUCACAAUUACGGCUGCUUGUUGUAUUACAGCUGCUCAUACUAAAGGUCGGAGAGAAUGGAAUCGAGCCGGGUUCCCCACUGUUCUUGGAGCCAAGGCAUUUGGUAUUUUGUGGACUGCAGUUGCCUGUUUGUUGAUUUCAUUUGUUAGUUUAGUGGUCUUGACUUGUCUUUCUCGAACAUCUACACGAAGAAGAAACAGAGGUGUUGGUGUCACCAAUGGAUCUGAAGUGACACCAAGAGGUGAACAAGAGACUUAUGCUAAAGAAAGUUCAGGAGAAAUCCCUCGUGGUGAAUACGAAUCAGGAAAUCACCCUGUUACUGGUCCUGGAGAAGGCGAAAGACUCUCUAAUGCAUCAAAAUUCAGAUUUUUUAGAGUGAAAAGAGCCAAAUCAGAAGAUGUUUAA